AACAACUAUCCAAAUUCACCCACUUUAACGUUUGAGUAAAUGUUCACAUCAAUAAUGAUAAACUUUUUUUGUCAGCUGAGUAUUUACGCUGUGUAACAUGUGAACAUACUCUGUGAUAUUUUUACUGUUUAAUGUUUUACUGCAGAAUCGCUAAAAAUCCACCAUUAAAUAUUGUUGAUUUACACACACACACACACACACACACACACACACACACACACACACACACACACACACACACUGCCCCUCCCCCUCUGCCAGAUCGGAAGAAUGUGAAAGUGAAAGUCAGCAGCUCCAUUUUGUGUCGAGGGGAAAAUAAACCAUAUCAGGAGUAAGAACACAGGUUUGAUUUAACACACCGAUGUUGGAGUGAAGUAAACGUGUGUCCUGCUGUAAUCUGGAGAAGGAGACAUGACCUCCAACAUGAGUGUGUCUGGAGAACAGGACUUAAAGAAAGACUAGAGAAUGAUGGAGGGAAAGAGAUCAGACUCACCAGAACCCAGCUGUGUGUCCAUGAAGAGUGACUGGUCAAUGGGACUUCCAUUUAACUUCAGAGACAGAGUCAGUUCUCCUGAUGUGAGACCACAAAAGAAGAAAUCAAACAUCAGCAGAAAUCAGCUGGACUCCAUAUUCAAGGAGCUGGAACACAAAGUCAUCACUCUGAUAAAGAAUGAGCUGAAGAGGUUUAGGAAGCUCCUGAGUCCGGAUUACCCAGCAUGCACUGAGAGGGAAGUGGAGGAUGAGGAGGAUCUGCAGAGUGUCAGAGAGGGAGCGCUGAAGAUCACACUGCACAUCCUGAAGAACAUGAACCACACAGAUCUCGCUAACACACUGCACAACAAGUCUGUGGCCUCUGUGUAUCAGACAGAGCUGAAAUCCAGCUUGAGAGAGAAGUUUAUAAGAAUUAAUGAAGGAAUAUCACAACAUGGAAGCUCAGCACUUCUGAAUGAGAUCUAUACAGAGCUCUACAUCACAGAGGGUUGGAGUGGAGAAGUCAAUAAUGAACAUGAGGUGAGACAGAUUGAGACAGCGUCCAGGAGACCAGCAACACAGGAGACACCCAUCAAAUGUAAUGAGCUCUUUAAAGACAAGUCCAUCAGAAGAGUGCUGACUAAAGGAGUUGCUGGAAUUGGAAAAACAGUCUCUGUGCAGAAGUUCAUUCUGGACUGGUCUGAAGGAAAAGCAAAUCAGGACGUCACCUUCAUGUUUCCAUUUCCCUUUCGAGAGCUGAAUCUAAUGAAGCAGAGAAAUCUCAGUCUGAUGGAGCUUCUUCAUCACUUUUUCCCAGAAAUGAGAAAACUAGAAUUACUAGACUCCUACACAGUGGUGUUGAUCUUUGAUGGUCUGGAUGAGUGUCGACUUCCUCUAAAUUUCCAGAAGAAUGAGAGAUUGUGUGAUGUGACAGAGUCAGCCUCGGUGGAUGUGCUGCUGACAAACCUCAUCAAGGGGAAUCUGCUUCCCUCUGCUCUCCUCUGGAUAACCUCUCGACCAGGAGCAGCCAAUCAGAUCCCUCCUGAGUGUGUAGACCAGGUAACAGAGGUACGAGGCUUCAGUGAUCCUCAGAAAGAGGAGUACUUCACGAAGAGGAUCAGCGAUCAGAGCCUGGCCAAUAAAAUCAUCACACGCAUGAAGUCUUCAAGAAGCCUCUACAUCAUGUGCCACAUCCCAGUCUUCUGCUGGAUCUCAGCCACUGUUCUAGAGAGAAUGUUCUGUGAAGCAGAGAGUGGAGAGGUCCCCAAGACUCUGACUCAAAUGUUCACACACUUCCUGAUCUUCCAGAUCAAACACAAGGACCAAAAGUACCAUCAGAAAUGUGACCCUGAUCCUCAGCAGACCAGAGAGAGUAUCCUGGCACUCGGGAAACUGGCUUUCCAACAGCUGGAGAAAGGAAACCUGAUCUUCUAUGAGGAAGACCUGAGAGAGUGUGGCAUUGAUGUUGGCGAAGUGGCAGUGUACUCAGGAGUGUGUACCCAAAUCUUCAGAGAGGAGUUUGGGCUUCACCUGGGGAAGGUGUUCAGCUUUGUACAUCUGAGUGUUCAGGAGUUUCUGGCUGCUUUAUAUGCAUUUCUCUGCUUUAUUUUUAGAAACACAAAUGUGUUAGUGGAGAAACGCACUGGACUUUUCCAUUUCUUCAGCAUGUCAAUCAUGUCUGAUCUCCUCAUUAGUGCAGUGGACAAGGCCUUACAGAGUGAGAAUGGACACCUGGACCUGUUCCUCCGCUUCCUUCUGGGUCUCUCACUGGAGUCCAAUCAGGCUCUCUUACGAGGCUUAAUGCCCCAGACAGGAAGCAGCUCUCACAGCAAACAAAAAACAGUCGAGUACAUCAAGGAGAAGAUCAGGGAGAAUCCAUCUCCAGAGAAAUCCAUCAAUCUGUUCCACUGUCUGAAUGAACUGAAUGAUCAUUCUCUAGUGCAGGAAGUACAGACUUACCUGAACAGAGAAGAGUACUUUCGUCUCAGUGGAACCAGACUCUCGCCUGCUCAGUGGUCAGCUCUGGUGGUUGUGUUACUGAACUCAGAUCAGGAGCUGGAUGAGUUUAAUUUGAGGAAAUAUGACCGAUCAGAGGAAUGUCUUCUGAAGCUGCUGCCAGUGGUCAAAGCCUCCAGAAAAGCUGUGCUGUGGGGGUGUAAUCUGACAGAGGAAAGCUGUAGAGUUCUGUCCUCAGUUCUCAGCUCAAACUCCUCCAGACUGAGAGAACUGAACUUGAGUUACAAUAACCUGCAGGAUUCAGGAGUGAAGCUGCUCUCUGCUGGACUGGAGAAUCCACACUGUACACUGGAGACACUGAGGCUGUGGGAGUGUAAUCUGACAGAGGAAAGCUGUAGAGUUCUGUCCUCAGUUCUCAGCUCAAACUCCUCCAGACUGAGAGAACUGAACCUGAGUUACAAUAAACUUCGGGAUUCAGGAGUGAAGCUGCUCUCUGCUGGACUGGAGAAUCCACACUGUACACUGGAGACACUGAGGAUGAUUAAAUGCAGUAUUACAGAUGAAGGUUGUGCUGCUCUGGCUUCCGCUCUGAGGUCAAACUCCUCAUCACACCUGAGAGAACUGGAUCUGAACGAUAAUAAUCCAGGAGAAUCAGGAGUGAAGCUGCUCUCUGAUCUACUGAAGGAUCCACAUUGUAAACUGGAGACAUUAUACAUUAAUGAUAAUAAACUCUCCAGGACUGGCACAUGACAGGAGUCUCACCUCAAUCCUCUUCUCCAGGAUAAAGCAGUUUUGGUGAAGAGUUAGAACCCGUCCCACAUUUCCAGCAGUUUGGGAGCUGAAUCAUUAAACUUAAAGGGACAGAGCAGAUACAAUGCCAAGACCUGGCAGAAGGUCAUACACAGGAGAAAUCAACACACGUAACGAAAUAUCUGCUGUACAAAAGCAAUGAUCUGCCCCAGGGAUGGAGACUGACGAGGCUUAAGUACACGUCCGGAAAUGUACAGUCGACUGAUCCCAAAGCACGAGGCAGGAGCAGGCAUGUUAAUGAGAAAGUUCACCAAGACAAGCGAGUGGACAGAGCAGUUGGGGUCUGUAAAAAGGUGGUGGUUGCCUUCUCCUACUCCUGGAAGAAGAAACAGGACCUUGCAGCUGCUCAGGAGGAGUAUCACUUGCCACAGCACAAGCUCAUCAGUUAAACCCCAACAAGAUGGGGCUCCCGUCAUCAAAUGGUGAAGCGGGUUCUGGAGCAGAAAAGGGCCAUCACAGAGGUCCUCUCAAAAGACAAGAAGACCAGGUCGCUGGUUCCUACUUGGCAAGAUGUGGAUGUUUUAGAGUCUAUAGAUGCAGCUCUAAGCCCGCUCCUCGAAUUCACGGAUGCCUUGUCCGGUGAGUCCUAUGUCUGUGUGUCAUUCCUAAAACCAGUGAUGCAUCUCUUCAACACCUCCAUCUUGAAGGAAGCAGAGGAUGACACAGACCUCACCAGGACCAUAAAGACAACAGUGAUGGGAUACCUGAAUGAAAAGUAUGAUGACUCUGCCAUGGAUGAUCUACUUGACAUGGCAUGCCUCGUUGACCCAAGAUUCAAGCUUCAGUACACUCAGGAGGAGAAGAGAGAAUACAUCAAAGAGAAAGGUGUGUUGGAGAUGCUGAAGGGAGAGAGAGCUGUUGUGGUAAGGGAAGAGGAGUCCAGAGAAGAAGCCAUGGGGGAUGCUUCUGCAGCAGUGACACUAGCCAAGAAAACAAAGCGGUUGUUGGCUAGCUUUUUUUCAAACAGGUCCACCAGUACUGUAGCUGUCGCUGAAAGCAUGUAUGUGUCAUUUCUUUCUUUAAGCCUUUAAAGUAUUUAUUUGUUAUGUUAUUAUUACAAUAAUGCACUGUAAAUAUUAAUAGUAAUUUGCCUAUGUGAGUUUUGUUUUACAAGGGUUGCAGAAAUAGUGACACCAACAGGUUAAACUGGUGAGCUGCAUUUAAUUUAAGUUACUGUGGUCAUGUGAUUAGCCUAACUAAUAGCAGUGCAAAAUGUGCAUGCAGUUUGUUGGUGCUACGCUGUACACGGAGUUAGAUGCUAAAGAAGAGAAUAAUUAAACAGUAAAGCGUUACAGCAACUCCUAGAUUUCUGGUCGGAAGGCGCACACGGUAUGUUAGUUUGUGAUGUUGUGCAUUUCAUGUUUGUGAUGUUGUGCAUUUCAUGUUUGUAUUGCAAUGUAAUAGCGCAAUGUUUCCUAGGGCCAUUAAUGCUAGUUUAAUAUGUGAGCAAGAUGAAUGAAUACUCAUGGACUCUUAAGAACAUGCUUAUGUACAAUAUGCUCAUGUGAGAAUGUGUUAUGCACUUUAUUUCAGUUUUUCACGGUGUUUGAUGGUGUUUGAUGGUGCUUGAUGGUGUUUGACGGUGAUUGAAUGCGCUUAAGUUGUGAAGGAAUGCAAUUAAAGAAACGACAAACAUCAGUUGAAGCGUACGUUUUAAUCUGACCAGAAGAAUAAGUUUGGGAGCAGCUACAGUGAAAAACGUGGCCUACUGCCUUUGGUAAGGCAGUGAAGAAGAACGUAGGCCUAUUCUGGAAAAGCAGUGAAAAACGUGGCCUGCUGCCACGAGCCACAGUGAAGAACAUACUGCUUCGUGAACUGCAGUGAAAAAGUAUUGUUUGGUGUGGUGUAAAACAUCGCCAUCCAUGGACAUUGGAGAGUGAGCAACGAUCGCCAGCAUCCCAGGGAAUAUUGUACGGGCCGCCCCUUGUGAAGUCUCCGUCCCGCACUCAGCGUAAACGACCUGCCUACCCAUCCUGGCAUUCAUCCAACGUGACCUCGCGAGCUUCAGUUCAGCGUGAAGGUGGAACCCAGAAGAAGACGGUGCUGCAGCUGCCAAGAACGGCCACAGGGAAGCAACAACGCGACAUCUUUGGACAAUUGAGUUUGUGAACAUUCAUUAAAUCUGGAUUCCAGGUCAGACUGUGCAUUUACAUUUCUCAGUUUUGUUUAAAUUGUUAUUUAUUGCAAUUCCAAUUUAUUAUUUGAA